AUGUCCUCUAUGCUCUCCGCAGCAGCCGCCUGCGCAGCUGGGCUAUAUCUCCUCUUCAAGGUGUUCGGAAACUAUGUCAAGCGAUCUUCACUCGACAUUCUACCCGGUCCCCCGCCAGAUUCUUGGCUCACAGGAAGCGCCUUGUCAUUAUUUGAAAAGCGAGGACUGAGGCUGUGGGAAGAGUAUGCCGAAACGUACGGGCGAGCGAUACUUUUUAAGUUCAUAUUGGGCCAACGAGUGCUUGUCCUGUAUGACGCGAAGGCAUUACAGACGAUGAUGAUCAAGGACACCCAUAUCUGGCAGAAGAGCAACACACCGACGACGCACAGGCGUCAGAAGAAACUUCUCAACCCGGUGUUCUCUGCUGCCCACGUCCGCGACAUGACUGGUAUCUUUUACGGAGUUUCGCACAAGGUGACUCCGAGUCCCUUCUCCGUGAUGCACUCAAGUCGCGUCUGCCUUCCACUGGGCACGCGCGAAUUCGACAUCAACGACUGGAUGGGACGGACGACACUCGAGAUGCUUGGUCAAGCUGGCCUCGGGUACUCGUUCGACGACUUCACAGACAACUCGAUGGACGCGUUCGGAGAUGCAGUCAAGAGCUAUUUGCUCUUCCGCUGGUUCCCGCUUCGAUCGAUGCGAGAGCUUCAGCGCAUCAGCGACUUUAUGGCAGCGCGUUCUACGGAGAUCAUCAGGGAGAAGAAGGCCGCGCUCGAGAAGGGUGACGCCGAGAUGAAGCACCGGAUCGGGGAGGGUAAAGAUCUGAUGAGCAUCUGUCUAAAGGCCAACAUGACGGCCUCCGAGAACGAAAGGUUGACGGACGAGGAGCUCAUCGCGCAGGUGACAACCUUCAUUCUGGCCGGGAUGGACACCACCUCGAAUGCGCUCUCUCGGACCCUCCAACUUCUUGCUAUGCACCCGGACGUACAGGACAAGCUGCGUGCGGAGAUUGUGGAGGCGCAGGGCGGGGACGGCUCCGACAUCGCAUACGACGACCUCCUGAAGCUCCCCUUCCUCGACGCCGUCUGCCGCGAGACACUCCGUCUGUACGCCCCGGUGCCUUUCCUCAACAGAUUUGCGAUGGAAGACACCGUAGUACCGCUGUCUAAGCCCGUGCGCACCCGCGACGGCAAGGAGAUCUCCGAGAUCGCGGUCUCCAAAGGCACGCUCGCGUUCGUAAACUUCCAGGCGUGCAACAUGGACCCCGAGCUGUGGGGCCCUGACGCGCGCGAGUGGAAGCCAGAGCGCUGGCUGGCGCCGCUGCCUGCGGCGCUCGAGGAGGCCCGGAUCCCGGGCGUGUACGCGCACCUGAUGACGUUCUCCGGAGGGGCGCGGUCGUGCAUCGGCUUCAAGUUCUCCCAGGUCGAGAUGAAGAUCGUUCUGGGUGUGGUUCUCGGUUCCUUUGGGUUCGAGCUCACGGACGAGCCGGUGUCGUGGUUGAACUCUGUCGUCAUUCAUCCCGUGAUGGGGGACGGCCUGAAGCCCGAGCUGCGGCUUAAGGUCAAGCUGGUCGGUGCGUAG